AUGGCGAUUCUAAAAGCGUGCCAUGACUCUCCUGUUGGGGGUCAUCAUAGUGGAACUCGGACUGCAGUUAAGGUACUUGAAUGUGGUUAUUACUGGCCGACCAUAUUUCAUGAUGCAAAUUUAUUGGUGCGGUCUUGUGACCAAUGUCAGAGCGAUAGUGGUUCCCAUUUUUGCAAUAAAGCUUUCCCGGGAUUGAUGGAAAAAUAUGGAGUAAAACAUAGGGUGGCAACACCUUACCAUCCUCAGACGAGUGGGCAAGUUGAAGUGUCCAAUAGGGAGAUCAAGAGUAUUCUAGCAAAAACAGUCAAUGCAAAUAGAACUGAUUGGGCCCGCAAGCUCGAUGAUGCUCUAGGCAUGCGGAUCGCUUUCAAGACUCCGAUUGGGACUUCACCUUUCAAGCUUGUAUUCGAAAAAGCGUGUCACUUGCCGGUUGAACUUGAGCACAAGGCUAUGUGGGCUUUAAAGAAGCUGAAUAUGGAUUGGGAGGAAGCAACCAAGCUCAGGUUGUUUCAACUAAAUAAGAUGGAUGAGUUUCGGUACCAGGCAUAUGAGAGUGCAGCACUAUAUAAAGAAAGGAUGAAGCAAUACCAUGACAAAAAGAUCUUGAAGCGAGAGUUCUACAAGGGUGAUCCUGUAUUGCUGUUUAACUCUCGGUUGAAGCUGCUACCUGGUAAGCUUAAAUCAAGAUGGUCUGGUCCGUUUGAGGUGGUAGGUGUUUCGCCCCAUGGAGCGAUUGAGUUAAAGUCCGGAGAUGGAACUCGGACGUUUAAGGUGAACGGGCAGAGAUUGAAGCACUAUCACGGGAUGGUUUCGAAGGAUAGGAUUGUUGAUCGAUACAGGUUGAAGCACCUCGAAACGAACGAUGAUCUGGUGUACACUGAUAAAGAGUGA